AUGAAAGCUUCUACUACAUUAUCCAUCUUGACUUUGGCUGCCGUUGCCUCGGCCGCGAAAACCUUCUCCUUGGUCACCAUCCGCUCAGGGUCCAACCUCCAAUAUGCCAGUGUCUACAACAAGGACGACAAGGUGUAUUUGGGUAGUGGUGAUUCCAUUUCAUUUGUGUUGAACGACGAUGGUUCAUUGACCGACAAGAAAACUGGAAAGCAAGUAUCCGCAAGCAACAAGCUCAUCGUGGAGGGAACUCAAAAGGAUACCAAAUUUGGCAUUAGCAACGAGCACUUGACGUACGGUGGUAAAGAGGUUUUCGUUGCCUGUCACGGUGCUGGUAACACCUACCAAUUGGCUCUCGAUGGAGGCUGUUCGAACUCUGUUGGUGUUGCAUUGAGCGUCCAAGGAUUGCAAGACUCUGGUUCCAAACCAACUACUGUCACCACAUCCACCAAACCCAAACCUACUGCUAAGCCCACUACAGCAGCUCCACCUAAGGCUACUAACCAACCAGCCCCACCAGCUGCUUCUAAGAAAGACUUUGGACUCGUUGCCAUUCGUUCAGGCACCAAGUUCCAACACAACGCUAUUAAGAAGGUUGCAUCUCAUCCUCAUGUCUUCAGUGUUGGAGGAACUGAAGGUGAAGAUCUCAAAUUGACCCUCAAUGCCGAUGGUACUUUGGUAGACCAAAACGGAAGAGGAAUCAUUAUUCGUCCUUCAGGCGAGUUUGGAGAUGUCAGUCCAUGGGGAGACGAGGCCUCAACCAAGGGUUUUGCUAUCAAGGACUCCAAUUUGGUAUUGAAUGGAAAGCAAGAUUGGAAGGCAUGCCCAAGUGGAGAAAACAAGUUUUCCUUGGCCGUCAAUGACUGUACUGGUGGUACUGGUAUUGCUUUGCUUGUUGUUUAA